AAAAAGUCGACUACAGUAUUUUUACCAUUUCCUACACAUUUUAGGGUUUGAUUGAGGAGAGAGGGCAGUGGCUUUUAUACUGCAACUCUUCUCCUUUCCAUCUCGUCGAUGAAGCUUUUCAUCUCUCUUUUUGCUUUUUUCAGAUUUUCUUUCGUCUUUUGCUUUGUCUUGUAGCGUUGCUUGACAACGAGAGAGAGCACGCUUGUCCGUGUUCAUGCGCGUGGACGUGACUGUGUACAGGCGUGCUCUCUCUCGUUGCCACUCAACUUGCUCGGCAAGGCGCUCCUCCUCAGCCUCUUCUAUCUGCAUGAAAUGUCGGUAGGCGGAGGACAUUGGAAGGCAAGCAUCAAAGAGCCAGAGAAGAAGCAAAACAAGGCCAUAUCAACCACACCAGAAGACCGAAAUGCUGCUGCAGGUACUCUCAUUUCCACUUCAAAUGCAGCUCUUCAAGACAGAACUGCUCCUCUAGUUAGUGCACUGAAAGCUUCCGCGCAACAAAAUGCCGCCGGCUUCCAUUUUCCUGGACACAACAGAGGCCAGGCCGCACCGCCUUUGCUAGCUGAGCUCAUUGGCAUAGGAGCCUUCGCCCAUGAUCUCCCUGAGCUUCCGGAGCUCGACAAUCUGUUCUCUCCAAAUGGAGUCAUUUUGGACGCGCAGAAGCUAGCUGCUGAGCUGUUCAGAUCAUCUGAAACAUGGUUUCUUGUUGGUGGGACCACUUGUGGGGUCCAGGCAGCGAUCAUGGCCACAUGUUCACCUGGAGAAACACUCAUUCUUCCACGCAAUUCCCAUAUCUCGGCAAUUUCCGCUAUGGUCUUGUCAGGUGCAGUGCCCAAAUAUAUAAUACCACAGUACAAUCCAAGGUGGGACAUUGCCAGCGGAAUCACAUCAUCGCAGGUAGAGAGAGCGAUCGACGAAUUGAAGUCAGAAGGCAGAGUUCCCACGGCAGUUCUGGUCACUUCACCAACAUACAAUGGAAUCUGUAGCAAUGUGAGUGAGAUUGCACAGCUCUGCCAUUCCCACAGCAUUCCCAUCAUAGUCGAUGAAGCGCACGGAGCCCAUUUCAGAUUUCACCAUCAGAUGCCAAACACGGCCCUUGAUCAAGGGGCGGACAUCGUCAUCCAGUCCACACACAAGGUCCUCUGUUCUUUAACACAGUCGUCAAUGCUGCAUAUUUCAGGAGAUAUAGUAGACAGAGAAAGGAUACGCCAAUGCCUUCAGACGCUUCAGAGCACCAGCCCAAGCUAUCUGCUUCUAGCAUCGCUAGAUGCUACGAGAGCUCAUCUAAGCAAAGACCCAGAUACCAUUUUCGAUGAGCCGAUGGAAUUAGCAGCCGAAGCAGUCCGCCAUAUCAAGACAGUCCCAGGCAUCUCGCUCAUGACUCUUCAGGACUUUCCCAAUUUCCCCGCCAUUGAUCCUCUCCGCAUUACAGUCGGGGUUUGGGAGCUCGGCCUAUCUGGCUAUGAAGCAGACGGGAUCCUAUGCAAGGGGCCCGCCGUCAUCGCUGAGCUGGCGGGCGGGCGGUCGCUGACGUUCGCCGUCAGCUUGGGUACUUGCAGACAGCAUAUUCAGAGGCUUGUAUCAGGACUAGACCAUUUAUCGGCGACUUUCUUGCAGAAGAACGGGUCGGGCGGCAGGAGGGAGGGGGUGAAGGAUAGUGGGUGUGCACCCUUCGCUGAUAUUAGCAUGGAGAUGAGUCCUAGAGAGGCCUUCUUUGCAAGAAAGAGGAGUGUGAAGAUAGAAGAAUGCAUUGGAGAGGUGUGUGGAGAGUUCAUCUGUACAUAUCCACCAGGAAUUCCAGUGCUAAUACCAGGUGAGAUUAUUACUGAGAGAGCUUUAUCUUAUUUGUUGGAUGCUAGAAACAAGGGUGCUGAGAUCAGUGGGGCAGCUGAUCCUCAGAUCUCAACCGUUGUUGUAUGCAAAUGAGAUUAUCAUUUUACCAAAACGCUGUGUCUUUGCUUUGGUUGCUUGAAAGUAUAGCAUCUGGGAUAGCAGGUGCAUGAUGGAAA